GACUACGUGGGUAGACAAGCCAUACAUCACCCUGAUCAAGAACUCUGUGAAAAGACACCAGCAUUCUGAUGCUCACCUGGAAGCAGAGUCAUUUGAAAGAGAACUUUCCCUUAAAUCUUGCCAGAUUGCAGAUGGGUUUGUUAGAGAAGAAUCACUUAACAGAAUAGGGAUGGAAGCUGCCAUACAUACAACGCCAUGACCUAGACCUACAGAAAUUGUGUGGCUUCGGCAGUGUUGGUGCCUCUGUCAUGUUGGGAUGCCGGAAUGGUGUAGCCGCCCUGUUGAAGCAGCAAGUCCCCCAUCUCAUGAGCAACCAUUGUGUGGCCCACCGACUAGCCUUAUCCAGUUCACAGGCAGCGAACAGCAUUCCAUACCUCAAGAAAUUCAAGGCCAUUGUGGAACAGCUGUACAGGUUCUACAACUACAGUCCUGUCCAGACUGCAGCUCUCCAUGAAAUUCAGGUGAUUUUGAAUGACCCCAAAAUCAAGAUCACCCAGGCAAAAGAUGUACGCUGGCUGAGUCAUGAUGCUGCCAUACAGUCCAUUAGGCAGUGCCUGGAGUCCAUCAUCACCAGUUUGGAGAGGGAAGCCCAGGAGAGAUCUGAAGUUUCGCCCAUACACUAAAAUGUACUUGCUGAAGGAAAAUAAAAUGACACUGCUACGUCAUGUAUACCUGUGCUUCACCUCUUCACGUAUCUCACAAACACAAAAAUAUGACAAAAACUUAUCUGGGCGACCUAACUUAAUCUUUUAAUAUGAGCUAACAUCCUUUGCUACUAGACAGAUGUUCGGCAAAAAAUUCUGAGGAGUUGUUCCGGUAUACAAUGUAUCAGUUGUGGUAAAUGUUGUUUUCAUGAUCAGUUUAGGAAAGAACAACAAGUUUUCAGGAACAACUGACAAAAUGGAUACUUCAUCAAUAAUCGAUGAAAAUGACACCUCUUUAACGUACAUGCCACGUUUUAUUCAUAAGAACAGUGGCACGGUUCAGAACAUAUACAUGUACUUGACAUGGUUCUAAAUUUAUCAGAUAAGCUAAAUUCCGAAAUGUAUUUACGUAUGGGGAUAGUGAAUCUUCCCGCCUAAAUUUUGACCUUUCUUCCGAUCAUAUGGGAUUUUCCUCAGUUUGUUUCUUGUGCUCAGAAUCUAGGCUCUUAUAACCGAAGAGUCUUAGAAUGACGAAAUGUUGCCGUUGUAUUUGAUUGUUAACUAUUAGAACUAUCCUCAAUUAGUUUCAUGAGCCAGGAAGUAUAUAACCACAUUACUUACGGGUUAUGAUGUUCUAUUUGGAAGAUUAGUCUUACAUGUAAGUCAUACUAUAAUUCGAUAAGGUGAA